CAGAAGUGGCAAGAGAGAACAGAGAGAGAGACAAAUAUAGCUGUCUCCAUCAUGACCUACUACAACCACUUUGUGAUACAAGAAUCGGAUUAUGACUACAAUGACACGAGUUACGGUUUUGGUUCUGGCUUGGGCGAUUUCGGCGCUGGAUUUGAGGAGCCGUGUGACCGUGAGCUGCUGAGCCCCAGCGUGCAGCGUAUCUUCAUCCCGGUGGUGUACGGUUUCAUCUUCACCCUAGGGAUCACCGGGAAUGGCCUGGUGGUGUUUGUACUGGGCUGCCAGCGGAAGGCCCGGCUCAGCCUAACGGACCGCUACCGGCUGCACCUCUCCGCCGCCGACUUGCUCUUCAUGCUGGCGCUGCCCUUCUGGUCUGUGGACGCAGCGCUAGGGGACUGGCGCUUCGGAGCAGUCACUUGUGUGGGUGUGCACGUCAUCUACACGGUGAACCUGUAUGGCAGCGUGCUGAUCCUGGCCUUCAUCAGUCUGGACCGCUACCUGGCUGUGGUCAAAGCCACUGACACCAGCACCACACACAUCCGGCAGCUGCUAGCUCACAGGUAUGUGUACGCUGGCGCCUGGCUGCCUGCUGGUCUCCUCGCCAUCCCAGACAUGGUGUUCGCUCGGACCCAGGAGGCAGGAGAAGGGGAGAUGGUGUGUGCAAGGCUCUAUCCGCCAGAGAACGCCCCACUGUGGGUGUCCCUGUUUCAACUCCAGAUGGUGCUGGUGGGGCUGGUGGUGCCGGGCCUGGUGCUACUGGUGUGUUACUGUGUGAUCGUGUCCAGGCUGACCCGCGGCCCUCUGGGAGGACAGAGGCAGAAGAGGAGGGCGGUGCGGACCACUGUGGCUUUGGUUCUCUGUUUCUUUCUCUGCUGGCUGCCGUACUGCAUUGGCAUUGCAGUGGAUGCUCUCCUCCGCUUGGAGCUGAUCCCUCGGGGCUGUACGUUGGAGUCAGGCCUUGGGGUGUGGUUAGCGGUGUCUGAGCCAAUGGCGUACGCCCAUUGCUGCUUGAACCCGCUGCUCUAUGCCUUCCUGGGAGUGGGUUUCAAGAGUUCUGCUCGCCGCGCCCUCACACUUACACGCAUGUCCAGCCUGAAGAUUCUCCCGCGUAGACAAACAGGCGCCAUGACGUCCACAACGACAGAGUCAGAGUCAUCUAGUAGUCUGCACUCCAGCUAACAAAGACAAUAGGCUAUAGCCUAAUGAUAUGUGUGUGUGUGUGUGUGUGUGAGAGAGAGAGAGAGAGAGAGAGAGAGAGAGAGAGUAAGGAGAAGUCUGCUGGUCAGUUCUUCCUAAUGUCUUGAGAUUUUUUUGUAAAUAUAUUUUGUUUUGCCACCAUUCGCUGUUGUUAU